AUGGCAGCCUCAUCUUCAGCAGGCGGCAGCGUCGCCAAGAAGGUCUUGCAAAAGGUCGACCUCGACGGCAACAACCUGCCUCCCUCGCCCGCCCCCUCCAGCCCCGCCAAUGGCCGCCGCCGCUACGCCCUUGCCACCGAGCUUGUCUACACUGACAACAAGGACCAGUAUGGCGCAUCCAGCUUUCCCAUCUACCGCUCGGCCACCUUCAAGCAGUCCGGUGCCAACCCCAACGGCGAGUAUGACUACACUCGCUCCGGCAACCCAACCCGCACUCACCUCGAGCGCCACCUGGCCAAGAUCAUGAAUGCCGCCCGAGCCUUGGCCGUCGGCUCUGGCAUGGGCGCCCUCGAUGUCAUCACCCGUCUCCUGAGGCCCGGCGACGAGGUCAUCACCGGCGACGACCUCUACGGCGGCACCAACCGCCUGCUCACCUACCUGUCCUCAAACAUGGGCAUCGUCGUCCACCACGUCGACACCACAAACGUCGACAGCGUCAAGGGCGUCCUGUCCGACAAGACCGCCAUGGUCCUGCUCGAGACCCCAACCAACCCUCUCAUCAAAAUCGUCGACAUCCCCACCAUCUCCAAGAUGACACACGACUUCAACAGCAAGGCCCUGGUCGUGGCUGACAACACCAUGCUGUCACCCAUGCUCUGCAACCCCUUGGAACUGGGCGUCGACGUUGUCUACGAGUCCGGGACCAAGUACCUCUCGGGUCACCACGACAUCAUGGCCGGCGUCAUUGCCUGCAAUGACUCAGCUCUCGGGGACAAGAUGUACUUUAUGAUCAACUCCACCGGCUGUGGCCUCUCCCCCGACGACUCCUCGCUGCUGAUGAGGGGCAUCAAGACCCUGGCCAUCCGCAUGGAGAAGCAGCAGUCCAACGCACAGGCCAUAGCAGAGUUCCUCGAGUCGCACGGCUUCAAGGUACGGUACCCGGGCCUCAAGUCGCACCCGCAGUACGACCUCCACUGGACCAUGUCACGCGGUGCCGGCGCUGUCCUGUCCUUCGAGACCGGCGACGUUACCAUAUCUGAGAGGAUCGUCGAGGCUGCCAGGCUCUGGGGGAUCAGUGUGAGCUUCGGUUGCGUCAACAGUCUGAUCAGCAUGCCCUGCCGAAUGAGCCAUGCCAGCAUCGACCCGAAGACUCGGGCUGAGAGGCAGAUGCCCGAGGACAUAAUCCGGCUUUGUGUCGGUAUCGAGGACGUCAACGACCUGAUUGACGACCUCUCACGCGCGCUGGUCCAAGCUGGUGCCGUGAAUAUCACAUUGGAUGGUUUUCACGCAACUAGCAACACGAACAUUUAA